AUGCCCGGAACGCCACAAGUUGUUUCCAACGUUAGCGUUGCGAUGCCUAGCCAACAUUUUCCUCCGACACCCGCGCAGAGCCUCAAACGCGAUCGAGAGUCUGAUUACUCAGAUGAGGGCAUAGCACACCUUUCCGGGCACGAUUCUUCCAGAGAUGUCAAUCUAGAGGACGAGCGCCCUACGGAAAGAACUAAGGUCAACUCAGAAUUAUCCAGUCCUCCCUUAUCGGCAUCGACCGUAUCGUUACCCGGAAAGCUCGGCGAAGAUCCGGUCCAGCCGAACGCCGAUGAGCCAGCCUUAAUGGUUAGUGAGGGUGCCCAAUCGAUGCUCACUCCGUCCCCAGAAAGGCCGCAAUCGUGCCCAGCGAACCUCCGCAGUCUGUCGAAGGAUAAGGGGGUUGUCGAGGAGUCACGGAAGAGCGACGGAUGGAGUGGUGAAACGUCCUUGGAUGGCGGGGAUCUAGGAGCCUUCCGACAGACGUCAAAGGCCACCGGAUACUUGGUCAACUCGCUCUUGCAAGAAACAGAUGAUGAAAUACUAGGAGAGUCUAGCGGGAGCGCUUCUCAUGUUCCCGGCUCCGAACAUGCGGGAGGGAUUGAUGUCAGAGAAGACGAUGAUACACGGCUGCACCGAAACAUGGAAGAAGAAGAACAGAUAGGCAGGGCAGAGCCAGACGUGGAAUGCGAAGAUCAAAGCCUACCACAGGAGGUCCCGAGCCAAAAUGGCUGUACCGACAUAGACUACACAACAUCCGAGAGCCAACCCCACGGCGCCGGAAUUCGCAAGACGGAACAAGGCUUCAUUCAACUGCCCAGUUUUAUCGAAUGGCAGGCCGGGAGCCUAGAUGCAGGUUCCGACGAAUCCCUGUAUACUUCCGGACCAGCACGCAUCGUCCAAUGUUUCGACGGCGAUAAGCCUGUGCUCGCCCUCCUCCUUUCUCACAAACUCGGGACACGGAUGAAGGACAGUUGCGCUCGGGGACGAGAUUACUUGCAGUUCAAGCAUUGGGCUGAGAGCGAACUGCAAGAGAUAGCUUCUAGAAGAGCUGAAGCGAAGCGGUUUUUGUGUGGCCGAUACAAGGGACCCGAAGACCUUCCUUUGGCUGAAAAUGCCAGAAAUACGGAAAAAGAGUGCGACAGAAGGACAAGGGAGCUCUAUGAGGAAAUCCGCAAGGCAGAAGAAACAUGGCACAGAUACAUGCGCGGUAUCGACUAUCUCCACGAUAAUAUCCUCAUAGAUUGCGGUGUUCUUCCAGGCUUUGGCAACGAACCGAACGGGGUGAUAGUUGGAGAAGACCCCGGCAACGCACACAAGGCAGUGGGACGCAGUGGAGGCUCGGCGCGUGGGAGUUUAGAAGAGAACUCUGAGCACAUCCAGAAAGAGGAGACUGCCAAUGCCGCGCCCAACGGAUCCGAUCAGCCGACUCCGAACCCACGGCCAGAUACCUGGGCUCUGAUGAACCAGAACAUCGAUGGGAAACAACGAGCCCUUCGCCAUGCCCAAGAAAACCACGACCAGCACCGGCUAACGUAUAGGCGCCAGUUCGGCGAAUAUGUCGCUCAGCAAUUUGGCCGCGUCGGGGUUGAUUUCGCACACGAGUUCGGUCCAAUAUUCGUUCGACGUGGACAGGAAUUGACCCAUGCCUUAAAGAAGGCGGAAGAUGAGUACGACCACGCUAUUGCGCAGGCGAAAGAAGCGGGCGUGAACAUCGUCGCAGUGGUGCCGAACGCGAUGGCAAAUGAAUACCUGGACUGCGAAGAGCUUGACGCCAUGGUGAUGGGGAAGGAUGAGCAGAGGGUUCAGAAUUGGCGGAACGACGCAGCCGUGGUAACCAUCAAUGUGGAUCCCAGACCACGGUCCUCGGGUGCCGCUGCUAUAUCAGAGAGAGAGGACGCGAACGCCACCGAGAAGACCGUACGAACUGAUUUGGAACGUGGGGAGGGUUCCAAGAGCACCCAAGAGCUGGACAGAUGCAAUCGGGAGGCCAGUGCAGGCACGCCAACCGACAAGGACGAGACAACUGCCGGAAAUAAUGACAAGGCCUGCAGUGUUUGUCCGGCCACUCUAUCAGAAGAAGGCGCCAACCAGGAAAUUCGCCUGAAAAAUCAUGAUACCGAUGGGGACGAGCCGGCUUAUCCCAGAGACAAAGGGCGACCCGAAACUGCGCCGGAACCCCCAACUCUUUUUGAAAAUGCGAAUACAGCGGCAAGCAGAGGCGAUGCUCCAUUGAUCGGCAAUAUCGAUCUGGACACGCCCCUUCCAUCCAAUGACGGAAGCUUCCCAGGCGACCAUACAAAUCAAGAAACAGAACACCGAGUCGAUUCUCAGCCAAUUGAGAGUGAGCCGGGGUCCAUUUGCGAUGCGUCCAAGAAGGAAAUAGUCGAUAGUGAGAGCAAGAAAAACACAGACAACGCGAACAACAGGCCAGAAGCAGCGCGUUCAGACGAAGCGUCAGGUCAGAAAAUACACACACCGGUUGAAGCAAUGGCGGAAAGACGGCAAGAGAAGUCACACGGCCCGCUCCAACAAAAAGAGCAGCCCAACUCAAGCGAGCUUCUUCUCUUCGACGAGGACAAUGCAGGCUCUUUACAAUUACCAACAGAGGGCAUCCUUAACAACAAGGUAGACCCCACCAGCGCCGAGUGGAACGCAGAAACCGGUGCGCCGACUUCGAAGGCCCAGGAGGAAGAAGCGGACCUCAACGAGAUCGACUAG